UCCUCGCCAGGACAACUCUAACGGUUUCCUUCAGUGUCCUCUCUGGGUUCAUCUCAUCUCUGUAUCCAUUCAACUAUGUCGGUCUCUGUUCGCACGAUGUCCUCCAAAGGUCCCAAGACUGUGACCUCAAAGUCCAUUAUCACCAAGAGUCGGAGCAGUUCGUCAGCCAUCCCACAUAAAGCCUUCAGCGUGCAUGGAGGUGGUCAUGGUGGAAGCACCCGCAUCUCUUCCUCCUUGCUGCAUUCCAGAAUUGGAUGCGGUGGAGGAUACGGUGGAGGACACGGUUUUGGUGGAGGACACGGUUUUGGCGGAGGACACGGUUUUGGCGGAGGACACGGUGGAGGAUAUGGUGGAGGAUUUGGUGGAGGAUUUGGACCAGGAGGCUGCGUAAUAAAGGACCACCAGCUGAAUGAGAAGGCCACCAUGCAGAACCUGAACGACCGUCUGGCAUCCUACCUGGAGAAGGUGCGCUCCCUGGAGGCUGCAAAUGCCAUUCUGGAGAGGCAGAUCCGCGAGUACUAUGAGAAGAAGGGGCCGAUCGCUCAGAGGGACUACAGCGCCUACUGGAACACCAUCAAGGACCUGAAGGACAAGAUUAAAAAUGCUACCAUCCACAACGCCAACAUCCUUCUGCAGAUCGACAACUCUAAACUGGCUGCUGAUGACUUCAGGCUGAAAUAUGAGCAUGAGAUGGUGAUGCGCCAGUGCGUGGAGUCCGACAUCGCUAACCUGAGUCGCUUGCUGGAACAGACACAUCGGGCAAAGGCCGACCUGGAGAUGCAGAUCAGGAAUCUGCAGGAAGAGCUGGAGUUUAUGAAGAAAAACCACCAGGAGGAGCUGGCAGCACUGAGGUGUCAGCUGACAGGCACAGUGAAUGUAGAGGUUGAUGCUGCUCCUCAGCAAGACCUGAACAAGGUUCUGGACGAGAUUCGUUCUCAUUACGAGACCAUCAUACAGAAACACCGCAGGGAACAGGAAGACUGGUUUAAAAACCAGACGGCAGGAUUGACCAAAGAGGUGACCCAGAGCACAGAAAUCAUUCAAACAACCAAGACACAGAUCACAGAUCUGCGACGCACUUUGCAGGGUCUGGAGAUCGAGCUACAGUCUCAACUCAGCAUGAAAGCGGCACUGGAGAACUCACUGGCAGACACAGAGAACAGGUACAGCUCUAUGCUAGCAAGCUACCAGAACCAAAUCAACAUGUUGGAGUCCGAGCUGAGUCAAAUGCGGGCUAGCAUUGAGCAACAGGGACGAGAUUACAUCAUGUUGCUGGACAUCAAGAGCCGUCUGGAGCAGGAGAUCGCCACCUACAGAAGCCUCCUGGAAAAUCAGGACAUUAAGACUCAGAUACCAGGUGGAUCUAUCUCUUUCUCUGGUGGAUCUCACUCUGGCUCAUCAGGUUCCCAGACCAUCUCAACUGGUGGACCAACCAUCCAAAUAAAGCAAACCACCACCACUUCACACCGUACUUACUAAACACAGCAUUCUGCUCUGUGAGACAGUAUUCAAACACAUGCACACAUUUAAUUCAAAACGAGUGUUUACAUCAUUUGUGAUAUGACAAAGAACAAGGAAAUGAGUGUUAUUUUAAAAGCAUUGAAAGA